AUGAGCAGGAAAUAAACUCGUCCUCUUUUAAUAUUGAAAUCUGAAAAUGACGAUUUUCCUUUUGACAUCAAAGAUGUGAAUUUAAACAAUAUUAAACAAAUCGAUUAUUUUAGAAUGUACAACUCUUUAAAAAUGGUGCUGGAAAAGCUAAUAGAAGAACAACCAUUACAAUAAAAAUUACAAACCAAUAUAGAUUUUGCAUUCCAAGUCUUUUUGCAAAAGGAUUAAACAUCAACCUAAUAACAAAAAGCUGGAAAAAGAAAUCAAUCAUAGCCUUUUUUAAAAAAAGAAAUGUAAUAGCUAAUAGAAAUAUUGUCUUAAAUGGGAUUUUCUGAUAAAUAAAUAUAGGAAAGGCUGUAAUUGAAUCCUGGGCAAACAUUUAAUGGUAUCGGCUAGCAUUCAGAAAUUCAGGAGGGUGAUUAAUAAUCAGGAAAAAAAUAAACUAAAGAAAAGUAAAAACAAGGAUAAGUUAUUGACAAACAGAAACUAUAUUACGAGCAAUAAUUCCAUUCUAAUGAUGAGCCUGAAUAAAACUGA